UCAUUGUGUUCAGCCUGCGAUGUGGCUGUUGCGGUUUUUCGCCGCGGGCAGAGGCUCCUCCAAGGGCAAUCCUGUGGUGACCAGACUGGGCGGAGGGGAAGAGACCUGAGGUCAGAGAAGGGCUUGGCCUGAGAGGCCUUGGCAGUGACGAUCCAGCCCUCGUAGCUUGCCUUUGGAGGAGAAGGAAGAUCAUCCUUCCCCACUUCCUCCACUCCCCUUCCAGGCAGGGGGGAAACUUCUCUUGAGACCUGUCAGGUGUGUAGAAGUUUCUAGCCUUGGUCCCACUCUGCCAGUCUCUGAAAGGGCUUAUCAGAGAAGGAAUGGCCGUCAGGCACCUGCCACCCAUCGUCCAGGAAUCAGUGACCUUCAAGGACGUGGUGGUGCUCUUCACCCGGGACGAGUGGGCACAGCUGAGCCCUACUCAGAGGGCCCUUUACAGGGAUGUGAUGCUGGAGAACUACAGCAACCUGGUCUCACUGGGACUCUUAGGACCCCAGUCAGAUGUGUUUUCCCAACUGGGAAAAGGAGAAGAAUGGAUGCUAGAGGAUGCGUCGGGAAGCUUCUGUCUUGACUGGAUGACUAUGCCUGUGAGUAAGAACUCUCCUCCCAAGCCGGAUAUUCCUGAUCAGGACUUGGAUCAGUGGAUGAUAAAGGAAGGAUUCACUAGAGAUAGCCACUGGAAAUACGAUGGCCAGUUGGAAUGGCAGCAUGGAGGCCAGGGGGUACUUGCUCACCAGAAAACCCCCUCUGUGCUCCACGCCCAGGCCAGGGAUGAACCUGGGAAGCACUGCACUGUGAGCUCAUCUUUUGAUCAGAGUCAGGGAUUUCAGUCUAGCAAAAAAGCCUUCGAGUGUAGUGAGUGUGGAAAAGUCUUCACUAAAAGUUCAACCCUUAAUAAACAUCAGAAAGUUCAUACUGAAAAACUGAAUGCAAAUCAGAAAACUGUUAUUAAAGAGAAACGAUAUGAAUGUAGAGAAUGUGGGAAAGCCUUUCACCAGAGUACACACCUUAUCCACCACCAAAGAAUUCACACUGGCGAGAAACCGUAUGAAUGUAAGGAAUGUGGCAAGGCCUUCUCUGUGAGCUCCUCACUCACUUACCAUCAGAAAAUUCACACCGGAGAGAAACCUUUCGAAUGCAACUUAUGUGGGAAAGCUUUUAUCCGAAACAUACACCUUGCCCACCAUCAUAGAAUUCACACUGGAGAGAAGCCUUUUAAAUGUAACAUAUGUGACAAAGCCUUUGUGUGCAGGGCACAUCUUACCAAACAUCAGAAUAUUCAUAGUGGAGAGAAACCAUAUAAAUGUAACGAAUGUGGAAAAGCCUUUAAUCAGAGUACGAGUUUUCUUCAGCAUCAAAGAAUUCACACUGGAGAGAAGCCCUUUGAAUGUAAUGAAUGUGGAAAGGCCUUCAGGGUGAACUCUUCCCUGACAGAGCAUCAGAGAAUUCAUACUGGAGAGAAACCUUAUAAGUGUAGCGAAUGUGGGAAAGCUUUCAGGGAUAAUUCAUCCUUCGCUCGACAUCGGAAAAUUCAUACCGGAGAGAAACCUUACAGGUGUGGUUUGUGUGAGAAAGCCUUCAGGGACCAAUCAGCCCUAGCCCAACAUCAGAGAAUUCAUACUGGAGAAAAACCUUACACGUGUAAUAUAUGUGAGAAAGCCUUCAGCGACCAUUCAGCCCUCACUCAACAUAAGAGAAUCCACACCAGAGAAAAACCUUACAAAUGUAAAAUCUGCGGGAAAGCCUUUAUUCGAAGCACACACCUUACUCAGCAUCAGAGGAUUCACACAGGAGAGAAGCCCUAUAAAUGUAAUAAAUGUGGGAAAGCUUUCAACCAGACUGCAAACCUCAUUCAGCAUCAGAGACAUCAUAUUGGAGAAAAGUGAUAGGAUUAUAGUUUAUAUGGCAGAACUUUGAGACCGAGUGUGUUAAUUAUUGAAUGUAAGUGAAUCCAUUCCAGAGAAUAGCCAUGAAAACCGGUGAAGAUGGAAUUUUUAUUUACAGAGAGUCUACCUUCACGGUACUGUGGGUUUGAGAAUUUAAGAAUGGCAUGCCCUCCUAGUUCAGAACUGCCUCAGUUGAAUAACAAUAAUGUUUAAUUAGUCUGAAUUAUUAAGUAUUAUAACCAAAAUGAAGCUUCAUUAACAACACAGAAAUUAGAUGAUCACAUUUACAUUUUGACUAUUAAGAGAAGUUAUAAAAUUGCAAAAGACCAGGGGAAGAAGCAAAGGAACAAAAAAGUAAAAAUGGUCAAUAAGCAUUUCACUCACUUUUUUUAUAUAAAAGGGUUUCUACUUUCAGUGGAACCCUUUGUUCUCACCCACCCACUUUCUCAGUGUAGGGAAAGUACAGUCACCGUAAAUUGGCCCUGGAGUUACCUAAAUUAUGUUUCCCACCUUCUGCUUCAAACCAUCUUCUCAGAUCUCCCUGACUUAUGUGUCCACUGGCUGCUUACCCAUAUUCUCCUUCUGGGACAACUCAUUUGAAUGGUGUGUCCCUCUUGAUUUAGCACCUCCUAACUGGUGACAUCGUGUCACUUAUCAACACCCCAUUUGCCCUUGGAGAAUGUCGUGAUCUGGCUGCCUACACAGUCCAUGAUUCUGGUUAUCGCAACCAGACCCAGCAUUCAGAACUCGGGGACCCCUGGGAGACAGGUUGAUCAAACUUCUUGAGUUACCCAGUUCCUCUGGGCCUCACCUUGACUCUUACACUGGGAUGGUACCUUAAAGUAGGGACUAGGUUGUGUAGACAUUACCUCCAAUUGCUCCGCACUGUCCUUACCCCACACACAGCAGUCAGGGGCCUGCUCAGCUUCAGACGUGACAAUCCAGCCACCUCACAGUGUUCUAGACCCUCUCCACUUCUGUGAUUUGCCAUUUCCUAACAUGCAGCUGACACAAGUUAGAGCCCCAAAGCUAGUCCUCAAAGGCUCUGACCCACUCUUUCCCUUGGCUGGCAGUCCUCUGUGUCCACUGCAAGGAUAUAUUCCUCGCUCCCAGAAUACGAACUGCUGCAUCCUGGUCCCUGCACUUCUUCCAUCCAAUUUUCGGCAGGUCUCGACUGUGUUCACAGAGCAAACAGCUUUGAAUUUCUGCUUUUGCAUUUGGAAGUGGACAUUUCCUCUCCUCCAUCUGGGUGUUCUAUUUAAAGACUGUCCCAUUCUGACAGUGGUGAGCUAUCUGUGGUGUAAUUCCAUGGGUCAAGACGCGGUCAACAGCAUCGUGACGUUCCCUGGCAGGGAACUGUCCAUGCCCAAAACUUGUAGCGAUACUCUGUUCCUGCAGGUACAGUUCCUUCUCCAUCUUUGAUCCUUCACUGCUCUCAGUAGAAAGCACAGAGAUAAAAUAACAUGUGUUAUUUUAUACAGUCCCUGGUAGCACUGUCCCCUUCCCCACCACAAAGGACGGGGAGCCCGCACUACUGCAAACUGGAACAACACACCACAUCAUGAUAUGGAAGAGCAAGUCCACCGUUGUUCUGGGAAACGGAGUGGCAAGUUCUCAGUCCGUGGAGGUGCUCUCCAUCAAGUCGGGCAGCCCACUGGCCCCACAGAUGCUGCACCUCAACUCCAAGUUACAGAAGAGGACAGUCUUUUUCCUGGUGGAAUUCUAAAUUCAUCUUCCAUCGAGUACAGGCUGCCAGUGUGGGCAGGCAUCUGUGAGGGGGUCAGCAGCAGCUCAUGCUUUCUCCCCUACUAAGCUGCAGAUGAAGCAGCAUUUCGAGGGGUGACUUGGAGCUCUUUGUGCACUGGGCCCCCACAUGUUCAUCGGCAGCCCUAUAGGGCUGGCAGCCCCCAAUUCCACAAAAAAAACUUGAAAACCUGCUCGCUGCUAUAGAUCCCUGCCUGCGGUACCAGCCGUGUGGCCCACCUGCCCCUAACAAUCACCCUCUUCCCUUGAAUCCCUGUGGGACGCUGCUCAGCUGAGUUCAAUGUUCAUUUUGUUUGUGUUUAAUGAGAGCUGCUGCCACGGGUCCUGUGCCUGCAGUGGAGCCAGAGCCGAGACCAGGUGCCCCCGAGAGCCUCCUUUAUCCCGGGGACGGCACCGGCCACUGUUCCUGCACCGGAAUCCAUGCAGCCCGAAAGCCAUGCAGCCCGAAAGCCCUCAAUCUGGGAUUGCUCCCUGCCCAGUCAGUGCACAGACUUCCCGGUGCACCCACGACCAUGCCGUUGCAAGAUAAUGAAGGAGCCAGUAUCCCCACCCCCUCAACAGGACUAGAGAGACAGAGGAGCCAGAGAAGCAGAUCUAGACCCACUUCCCACAUCUGAUGCACCAGAGCUCUCCUGGUCUACCAUGGAAUUGCCCAACGGGCAAACUCAGUGGCAGUGGCAGUUCUGCUCUGCCCAGGGGAAGGGUUUGGGAAGAGGAUUAGCACCGUAAACCUUGUUAAAAGUCAUCAUUGGCUGUGGGCUCCCGUGAAUGCCCCCCUGAAACUGCCAGCUCUUGGGGGGAAAAUAAUUGCUCCAGUCUCCCCUUUCACAUUCCUCUAAUGCCUCUUGUCAGGUCUUCCCAUCUCCAGCUGAUAGAUUGGGCGCCUGGGUUCUCCCUCGUCACCUGAGCUCACCUUGCUCUGCCACCAGCAUCUGCCCAAGACGUUGCCUUUCUCCAUAUUCAGCAAUGGCUUUUAGAAUGGCACCUUGACCCUCAGCAGACUGGGGCUUCCCAGUUAUAGUACCUGAGCCUCAGAGUCUUGGAACAAAACAACCCUAAACUGCAUGCAUCUUUGGUUGAGAAAACAACUUAAUUCCCUCAAACAUGAAUUUAGUCCAAGUGCAUACCCUCCAGCUGUCUGAUUCCUCUUCCCUUUGCACUUUGCCCUCCUCUGCCCUUUACUGGAUUAGCCAGCAAGGCCAUGUGGACACAUAAAACACUCCCACCUACAGUGGGAGGAGUCCCAGCUUCUGGCCCCUCCUCAACUCCCGCUAAAUAUAUUUUUGGUAAUAUUUUUACUUUUAGUAUUUUUAUACCAGUUUGCAAAGGCAAAAAGAAAAUACAAGGUUUGAUUGUUUCCCAUCACUCAUGAACUCAGUGGCGCUAAUGACCGUUCUCUGCCAGUGCCAGGAUUUGGUCACUCGGGCAUGUUCCUCCUCAGCCUGUGUGUUACCCUGUCUACGGCUCAUCACUCUUCUUAAAAAUUGUUGCCAUAGAAUGGCCCAUCAGUGUGUCUUUCUGAAAAUAAAUGAGAGGUACAAGCUGCAUUUGUGUUACCUGGUUAUCUCUGAAGACCUGGCCAAAAGUAGUGCUUCUAAGCAUUUUUAUCUUUGUAUGGCCAGUCUGGUCCUGCCCACAAUAAGCAUCCAAACCUACCUGGUCCCAGAAACCAUAGUUCAGGCUGUGGAAUAGAAGAGAGCUGUAUCCCCAGUCAUCGGGGACAACAGUUAACAUUUGAGGAUGUCCCGCAGGCCGGGUACUGUUGUAAGCACUCUGCAUGUAAUAACUCAUUUAAUCCUCACAAUUCUGUGAGACUGUCUCAUCCCCACUUGAAAGUUGAACAGAGAGGCUUAAAAGCGUUUCAGAAAUUAAACAGCUGGUAACGUGCAUGGUCUGAGGGCCUGACCCAGGCCCUGUAGCUCUGGGGCACACAUGCCUCCCUGCUUCACUCAGCUUCCUCCUUCAUGGACACAUUCUGGAGGGCCACUUGGCUCCAG